CUUUCUACUUGCAAUCAAUACCCACCGUCGCCAGCCUGAUUGGACGACUCCUACUACUCACCUUUAACUCUUCGUUUGAUUAUUCACGACUUACGCCUUACCUCCUAAUACCAUGAUGCUGCGAACCCCAGCUGCCCGCGCCGCCAUGCGCUCGCUCUCGGCUGUCAGCGCCCAGCACAUGCGGACACCCUUCAAUGCCGCCUCCGGCAAGGCGCCCGUCGCCUCGCAUCUCUGCACCUUGGGUGCGAGGCGGCCGCAGGUCCCCGCGAGCCCCCUCGCCGCGGCCGUCGCGCGGCAGACCCGGUGCGCAUCGACGCAAUGGGACAAGCCGAACGUCGAGGAGGAAAAGGAGCUUCAGAAGAAGCCGCUCAAGGCUGAGCCCGAGCUCGUGUCGUCGUCGUCGACCACACACCCGGUGUUUAGCGAGGUUGGGGCUGGCGGUGCGGAGCCGGGCCCCGACAUGAUGAAGGGAAUCAGACAGGAUGUGGGCACCAUCAAGGACACGUUCGCGUUGAACAACGUUCCGCGCCAAGCCUACGUGCUGGGUCUGUCGGGCGUCCUUCCGUACCUCGGAACGUCGCUGUCGACGGUCUAUUGCUCCUGGGAAAUCAACCACGCCGCGGCCAACGGGGUGGGCCAGUUCAUGAGUCCGGAGACGGCGGAGUAUCUCCUGCACGUGCUCGAGCCCCUGCAGGUCGGUUACGGCGCAGUGAUCAUCUCGUUCUUGGGUGCGAUCCAUUGGGGUCUGGAAUGGGCGGGGUACGGCGGCUACCAGGGCUACAAGCGCUAUGCCAUCGGGGUCGCGGCGCCCGCGGUCGCGUGGCCUACGAUCCUCCUACCUGUGGAAUACGCGCUCAUUUCGCAGUUCCUCGCAUUUAACUUCCUGUACUAUGCGGACACGCGGGCGACGCGGCGCGGCUGGACCCCUCCGUGGUACGGCGUGUACCGGUUCGUGCUCACCUUCAUCGUGGGCGCGAGCAUCGUCGUGAGCCUGAUCGGCAGGGGUCAGAUUGUGGAGAACGUCGGCAAGCUGCCAAACGCCGUGGACCGUGCAAUGGAGUUGCAUGAGGGCGCCGAGGCGGCGCUGGAGGAGGAAGAGGAGGCGCGUCGGGCAGCGAUAGUGCAACGCGACGAGGGCAAGAAGACGGCCAUUCCCGGCGGGGACCCCGAGAUCAAGUCGGGCUUGUAGAGUAAGGGUGUAAGCAAUUGUUGGGGAGAGUGGGGGUUGCGAAGGUUCUAGGCCUUUCGGCGAGUACAACACCACGACGGGGGGGGUAUCGUGAGC